UUUAGCUAUUUCAAGUUAUUAACAUUUUAACAGUAGAACUCGAAAGAACAAAGUUUAAACUAAAAAAAAAACAACAACGAUCAAAUAAAAUUGUAUAAAAUGAAGUGCAUAUUGUUUAGUGUCUUUUUGGUGGUUUUACCCACUGCUCUAUUGGCUGAGAAUAUUUUCAAAAUCAAUAUCUCUCCCGAAGAAGCUCAACAGUUCAUCAAUCAAGCCGGUCUACGUGGUUUAAACAACAUCGAAUAUGCCCCCAAGACUGGUGAAAAUCCUUUACCCGAGGCUCGCAAUGAAAAAGGAGAAUUCGUCUAUAUGGGACGUGUUAUUGAACAUCCCGAAGAGUAUGUAGAAGAACAUUACGAUGCCCAUCAAUAUCAUGGUCAAGAUGGUUUGGGUCAAUACGUCUACGGUUAUAAGGAUUGGAAUCAGGGUAAAAACGAAAAGAAAGAUGCUGAUGGUAAAGUAAGCGGUACCUAUAAAUAUGUACAACCUCAUGGUCGUGACUUUGUUGCCAACUAUUAUGCCGAUAAGACCGGUUUCCAUGUUGAAGACAAUCGUCCAGCUCAUUUGAAAAAUCCUCCCACUAAGACCCCUGCCGUUCUUAAGGCCGAGGAAGAACAUUUCAAAUUGUGGGGUGAAUUAGCUGCUGCUAAUGGUCAUAAUCCCGAUCCAUAUGCUGCUGAAUAUCAAACACAAGAAGGUCGUUAUGAACCUUCGGCUGCCGAACAACAAGAAUAUGUUCAUCAAGAACCUCCCUAUGUACCCGGACCCGAAGAAACCGGUGAACCUAAGGGCUUCUUCUAUGCUUUCGACUAUAAUGUACCCUUGUUGCGCAACAAGCAGGAACGCGCUGAAUUGGAACAAUUGCGUGCUGUUAACAAUAAGGAUUAGAUCGACUACAGUUUGAGGUUUAAUUUAUACGAAACAACCGAAAUAAAAACAAAUAUAUAUUUAUUAGUGAAAUCAUAAGGAAAAUAUUUAUUUAAUUUUUUUGUAAUUUAUUUAUUUUUUAUUAAACUCUUUAUACAAAUGUACCUCAUAGUGUUGUAAAUAAAAUAAAAAAGAAAUAUUCGAAUUUAGUUCGAAGAAAAUUAGAAAA